AUGGCAUCUCCAGAAGAUGAACAACCUUACCCUUUUGUAGAUAUAUAUGAUGAAGAUGAAGCUGACAGAGCCUUCCUUUUGUCCAAGCCUACUUGCUUUGUCAUCCUUGGAAAACCAGGUGUUGGGAAGAAAACAUUAGCUAAAAAAAUAGCCCAGUUUUGGAAAUGCACUCUUGUAGAUGCUUUUGAACUUAUAAAUGAAAAUGUAACAGCCGAAACAGAAUAUGGACUGAAGUGUAAGGACCUGCUUUACCAAGGUCAAAAUGUUCCUGAAGAGUUGGUGAUAAAGAUGCUUAUGAUCAAGCUGGACUCACCAGAGAUUAAUCACUUUGGUUAUGUUCUCUGUGAUUUCCCUUCUCUUUCUGAGGAUUUCAUGUCUACCCCAGAACAAAUAGAUGUGAUUAAAAAUUUAAAAUUAAAACCAGAUUUCCUGAUUAAUAUUAAGUGUCCUAACAAUGACUUGUGCCAAAGAAUCACUGGUCAAAGACAACAGCCUGACACAGGACAUAUAUUUAAAAGAGAAGAUUGGGAUCCUGAUAUUAUUGAAAAGCGUAAGAAAAAGAAGAAAGAAUUCCGUAAAGGUGAAGAAGAGGAUGAGGAAGCAGAAGAGGAAGAAGAGGAAGAUGAGUCAAACGAAGUAGCUGAUCAAAUUAUGUUGACAGAAAUUUUGCCAACUUUAGUGCAAAGGCCAGAAGAUUUUAAGGAAAAUGCACAAAAGAGAAUUGAUCUCUAUAAAGAUACUCUGCUGCGUCCUCUAGAGGAAUUAAUGGCUGAGCAAGACUCUCAGUAUCUUUUUGAACUCGAUGGAAACAAGAAUGCAGAUGAACUUUUUAAAGUAAUAAUAACCCGCCUUGAAUCCAUGGGCCAACGGUAUGGAGCUCUCAUAACCAAGCUUCAGAGUGCAGACGAAGAAAUGUUAGAUGGUCUGGAAAACGAUGAACUUUUUCGGAUACUUGCGUCUUAUAAACUUGUAGGACCUAGACAUCGAUGGCGUCGCAGUAAGUGGGGCCGAGCAUGUCCUGUGGCUUUAAAAGAUGGUGACAUUAUCAUGGGAACCGCAGACAAUGCUGUUAGCUUCUUAGGUAAGAUGUACCUGCUUUCUACAGAAGAAGCUUUGAAACAAUUCAUGCUGAAUCCCCGUUCCUACCUGCUGCCUCCUAUGCCACUUCCACCUUGUAAAGUACUGGUAAUGGGCCCUCCAUUCUCUGGGAAAACAACCCUGUGUGAGUUGCUUGCAAACCAUUAUCAGGGAAAGGUUCUUGACAUGGAUGCUCUUCUGAAAAUGCAUUAUGAACAAGCAAGGAUAGAACUCAUUGAGCAGACCCGAGCUGAAGCAAUCCUAGUAGGCAUUGCCAGAGUGAAAGAGAAAAUGGAAAUAGAGCAGCAACUGAAGGAACAAGCUGAACUAUAUGCUCAAGAGUUUGGUGACAGUGAGGAAGAGGAAGAAAUUCCCACAGAGGAAAAAAGUUCAAUUCUGCCUAGUGUUUCAACAAUUACUAGUGCAAAAGAGGACAGUACCAUAAAACAAGGGAGUGUAAUAAAAGAAGAAGAUGAGACUGAAGAAAUGUCUUCAUCCCAGUCUGCAGAACAAAUAGAUAUCUCAUCAGUACCAGCAGAGUCAGAGAUCCCUCUUGACCAUCCAGAUAUCCAAGAAGUGGUCCAGAGCGCUCUAGAAGCUGCAAUGCUGUCUCCAAUUACUCUGCCACCAGAAACAUAUGCGGACGUAUUAGAAGAAACUAUUGAAGAGCUACAGAAGACAAAUUCAAGCAGAUAUCCUGGAGCUGCAUGUAAAGGAGGAUGGGUGGUAGAUAAUUUCCCUCCACUGGUAGAACAUUGGAUUGCUUUGUUAGAAAAAGGACUCCUACCUGACAUUGUGAUUUGUUUGAAAAACGUUGAACAAAAUGGACAGCUAAUACUGCAUAGACUGUACGAAGCACAUAAAGAAGAAAUUGAUGUUCAGAUAAUGCAAAGGCUAAUAGAUGAUGCUUUGAAAAAGAAACAAGAGGAAGAAGAAGCAUUUAACCCUAAGAAUGCCUGGAGAGAGAAAUGGUCCAAGAUACCUACUUGUGGCUUGACCAUUAGUGAUCCCUCUACCAAACCAACGGCUUUUGACUUGACUGCCUUUUUCUGGUCGAAAUUGAACACAAUUAGAAGAGAACUGCAAGAAAUAUUAAAAUUGCAAGCUGAGGAAUCUGCUGAAGAGAGAGAAUCUACGGAGUUUCUGGAAGGUAGCUUUGGGAUUGAAAGAGGCCAACCAGGACAAGAAACAGUGCAGCUUGUAGAUCAGAGUACUGAAGCACAGGUUUCUACAGACUCUACAGAACAAGAAUCUAAGACAGAAUCAACAGAACCCCCUGAAAGUGAAAAAAAAUCUGUAUCACAAUAUGAACACCUGAAAAGUAUUGCAUCUGAACUAGGAGUCACAAUGCCUGAAUAUCCUGAGGGUGGUUUUCCAGAUGUAGUAGAAAUAGAGCCAUUUAAAAACAAGCUCAGCCAGUUCCAAAAUAACUGGCAAAAAUUAGAGGCACACGUUGCAGAAUCACCUUUGGUCCAGAUUACUGAAUUGGAGAUUGAUGAGCAGACUCCAGAAAAGCUGCUUAAUAAGAGUGUACAAGCUAUGCAACAAACUUUUAAAUAUCAUGGCUGGGAAUUAUCACCUGAAGAUGAUGAUGAAGAACAAGAAGAUUUGCAGGCUGAAGCCGAGGCACAGGCAGAAGAAGAAGAAGAGGGUGAUGAAGAGGAAGAAGAAGAAGAGGAAGAAGAUGAAGAAAAAAUUGCUGAGAGGAAGAGACACAUGGGAGAUACAAAGCAUUUCUGUCCAGUGAUUCUGAAGGAAAACUUUAUCCUUUACCCAGGAAAUUCUGAAAAUGCAGCUAAAUAUCGAGAAAAAUACUAUUAUUUCUCAACUCCAGAAAACAGAGAUAAAUUUCUAGAAAAUCCUAAGGAAUAUGUUUCUCACAAUGAGCCAUUAAAAGCUCCUCCUAUAAGAAUAUGUCUGUUGGGGCCACAUGGAACUGGUAAAACAGUCUGUGCCCGGUGGUUAGCAGAUAAGCUAAAUAUUUUUCAUAUUCAAUUUGAAGAACGCUUGCAAGAAUUGGUCAUGCUCAAAACAGGAAAAAGAGUUGGACCUGAAGAGGAGGAGGAGGAAGAGGAAGGGGAAGGAACACAAGAAUUGGGAGAAUCCACUAUUCCUGAAAGUGCACCUGAAUUUGAAUUUGAGAGUGAAGAGGAAAGUAAGCACAUUCAUGAGAAAGAUGUGCUAUUAACAGAUGAGGAAGAAGCAAUCAAGGCCAAUAUAUUAGAAAAUGAACCAAUUCCCAUGGAAGUGCUGGAUAAUAUUGUUCUUGAUUGGUGGAUGAAGGAGCCAUUUCGAUCUACUGGGUUUAUACUUGAUGGUUUUCCACGAAUAGGAGAAGAGGUCCAGUAUUUAGGAGAGCGCUCACUUUUUCCAGAUAUUGUAGUUUGUCUCGAAACUGAAGAAGAUGACAUUUCUGACAGACUUCUUAUGAAACAAGUACUAAAAUGGAAAGAGAAACAAGCUAAGAAGAUGGAAAAGAAGAAGCAUAUUAGAGAAAUGAAGGCGAAAGUGCGAGUAAAGCAAAUUGCUAGAAGACGGGCAGAGCUUUUAACUGAACAAACAAGAAGGAAAUUAGAGAAUGAGGCAAGGAAGCUUGAAGGUGAAGAUGAAGACGAAGAUGAUGAUGAAGACGAAGAUAUAGAAGCUAUUCUGGAAGAUGAGUUUCCAAAAGAAGAAGAAGAGGAAGAGGAGGAAGAGCAAGAGACUGAAGCUAUUGAGCGCUUAAAGACUGAGAUUGCAGAGAGAUAUGAAACAGAUACUGCAAAUAUGCAAACUGUGCAGGAAGAACUUGAAAAAUUACUCAUACCUACAAUAAAUCUCCCUUGCAAACGAAAGCCUCACAUUGUGCGCUACCAAUUGUUUAAAAAGAUAAAAGACCUUGUAGAAAAUCGUGAGAGUAUUUUUGAGAAAUGUUAUCCGCUAAGUUUUUUACUUGCAAGGAAAAUGAUUGUUCUCUCCUAUAAACAUCCAAGCAAUUUUGGCCAGUGGGAUCCUAUCAAGCUAAGUGAAGGAGAUGCAAUCAAGCCCUUUCGAAAUGAUGACACACCAUGUUUUCCAGUUAUUCAUCGAAACUGCAUAUAUUUCUUUACAAGUAAAGAAAACAGAGAAAAAUUUAUGAAAAAUCCCCUCAAAUAUCUCCGCCAGCCUAAACCUAAACCAACCGUACCCGUUAAAAUUGCAAUUGUUGGGCCUUCAAAGUCUGGAAAGACAACAGUUGCCAAAAAAUUUGCAGAAACCUAUGGAUUACUGCGCCUUUCCAUGGGAGAUGCCAUCCGUUUAAUAUUAAACAAUCAGCCAGAAACUGAAUUGGCCCUUGUGCUAAAGUGGCAUCUUCACAAAGGACUGACUGCACCUGAUGAACUUGCCCUAAGGGCCUUAGAUAUUGCCUUGAUGGAUACUGUGUGCAACACUUCAGGAGUUGUUCUUGAUGGAUACCCAGUUACAAAAAAACAGGCAGACCUCUUGGAAGAAAUGAAAAUCAUUCCAAUAAAAAUCUUUGAAUUAGACAUUGAUAUAAAAGAGGUUUUAAGAAGAGCGCUUCUGGAUAAGCAAAGUCCCAACAGACCUCCCUACCCACUGCAUGACAGCUCUCACAUCAUUUCCCUCAAGAAUUCCUGUUACAGAGCGCAAACUGAUGAAAUCAGGCCAUUCUAUGAGGAACAGCACCAGAACUGGUAUGUACUUGAUGGAUCUCACAGCAAAUGGUGGAUCUGGAACAAAAUCCUACUGGAAACUCAAGCAGUUACUAAAAAAAUCCAGCUAUACCUGGAAAGAAUUCGGCAAGGAAAAGCUGCCAGUAUUGCUGAUAUGUGCAUCACACCAAACGAAUUGCUCUCUCGACUGGGAGAGUUUGGGCAAUAUUGUCCAGUGAGCCUUGCAGAAAGAGAAGAACUUAUUGAUUGCUCCGAUUCUCCUUCUCUGAAGUUUGCUGCAGAAUUUCGAGGACACUACUACAAAAUGGCUGGACAGAAGGAGUUAGACAAAUUCCUGAAAACUCCAGAAUUAUAUGUUCCCCCCUUAGCACCUUAUCCUCUUCCUUUACUAAAUAAUUUACCCAAAAGGCUGACUGUAGCAGAUGUAAAAGCUUUAUUUCCUAUGCAAGCUGAACUGCAAGGCUUCUGCCCAGUUACUUAUCUCGAUGGAAAGCGAAGGUAUGAAGCUCUGGUACCUGGGAACAUUGAAUAUGCUGUGCUUUAUCGCAAAAAGCUAUAUAUUUUUGAAAAUGAAGAAAAACUUCAGAGGUUUAUGAGAAAACCAGAAAAAUAUUGGAAUCUUACACUUCCACAUAAGCUUCCCCCCUUAAAGGAACCUAUAGUGUUGACAGCUCUUCCUCUGACUGGAUAUCUUGAGCAGGGUGUGGCUACAGCUUUAAUAAAAGCAAUGAAUGCAGUUGGUUGCUUAAAGCCAAAAUUUCCAUACCUGAGUGUGAAAAGGACUGCUUUGCUAUUCAUAGCCUAUCAUUUAAAAGCAUAUAACCCUAACAGCCCAAACUAUAUACGAAAGAAGUAUAAAAUGAAGUUGGAACGGUUCAUAGACCAUUGUGAACUUCUUCCAUACCUAGGCAUCAAAAUGACAAAGAAGUACAAGGAGCCUCAAAAUCGACCUAUUGAUUUUGAUCACAAGUUACAGAUUUUCUUGUCUCUCAAAGAUGUGGACCCAUUAGGGUGAAAUAUUGCAAAAAUCCUGGAAAGUGAUAUAUUCAUAUUUGAUUGUUAAAUUAUACAAAUAUGGUUGUUUGUAUGGCUGUUUUUAGAUCCUGCCUAACUACAGAACGGAU